GUAUCUCUUCGGUUCGGCCAGGAGGUAAACAUUACACAGUACGAUUGGCCAUCCCACGAGGCGGGUCCUUCAGUUUUCGUAGUAUCAACUUUUUCGUCUCGGUCCAACGCGAGCGACCGAAAAGCAACGGAGUAAUGAAAGAAAAUACGUGCGCCUAGUUUCCGAAUUAAGUGAAUUCUAUCGUUCACUUUAUUUAAUUUUUUUUUCAUCGAGUGUUCGGUUACGCGCACAUUUAAUCAGCCUUGGAAAUUGAGAGAUGUCGAGGAAGACAGAAGUAAAAUUUUGAGAGAGAGCACGAGAAAGAAAAAACAUACGAGACGCCUUUGGCCGCGCACACGGUAGUAAUCUACGAUGGUGAGUUAUUACCAAACCGAGCCGAUCCCGAAUCCAGUGACGGUAUCAGUGACGAGCGUGCUGCCAAAUUUGGAGACGAUGAACCCAGUGAAGAACCUUGUUUGCAGCCCGGACCUUCCGGUCUUCGGCUCGACGACAUGUACCACGGCUGCUGCCGUUACCGUCGAAAGUCUGACAAACUCGAACGAGGAGAAGGCUUACCAGUGUCUUCUCUGUCAGAAGAGCUUCGAUCAAAAAAGUUUGUAUCAGAGUCACUUGCGUUCGCACGGUAAAGAGGGAGAGGAUCCUUAUCGGUGCAAUAUUUGUGAGAAAACAUUUGCGGUACCUGCACGUUUGACCAGGCAUUACAGGACUCACACGGGCGAGAAGCCUUAUCAGUGCGAAUACUGCAGCAAGUCCUUCUCUGUGAAGGAAAAUCUUAGCGUUCAUCGACGGAUACAUACGAAGGAACGACCAUACAAGUGCGAUGUUUGCGAGCGUGCCUUCGAGCAUAGCGGCAAACUCCAUCGUCACAUGCGAAUCCACACGGGCGAACGUCCACACAAGUGUACAGUUUGCUCGAAGACGUUCAUACAAAGCGGCCAGCUGGUAAUACAUAUGCGUACACACACCGGUGAAAAACCUUAUGUAUGUAAGUCUUGCGGCAAGGGAUUCACCUGUUCGAAGCAGCUAAAGGUACAUACUCGUACCCAUACCGGCGAAAAGCCUUAUACUUGCGAUAUAUGCGGAAAGUCCUUCGGAUAUAAUCACGUAUUGAAACUCCAUCAAGUAGCACAUUAUGGUGAAAAGGUCUACAAGUGUACCCUCUGUCACGAAACUUUUGGCUCGAAAAAAACGAUGGAGCUUCACAUAAAAACACAUUCAGACUCAUCCUCCUCGUCCUCAUCUUCAUCCUCCUCAUCUUCGUCCUCUUCUUCUUCGUCCUCAACAUCCAGCGGAAUCUCUUCCGCCAGAGAGUCACCGAUCGAAUCGAUCAUGGAGAUCUCACAGAGUAACUCCGUUGCUCCUAAUGCACCAUCACCAAUACCGAUCUGUGGCGGAAACAACAAAGAACUUCCGCGUAAGAACGCAGAGAAUAUCCCAUGUAGCCCGAACGAAGUUUAUCCAAAUCAACGGGAUUUCUCGUACUAUGUUUUCCCAAGAGAACAGUAUCCUCAAUCAGUUUCCUCGAUAAACGGUCCAAUGGGUCUGUUAAACGCAGGAAUCGAAGAAAGAUCGGUUCAUCAAAUUGUCAACCUCGAACAACAGUCUCAUGUCUUCCUUUAUUCCGACAUAUCCUCAAGUCCUUACCCAAUAACCGAGUUUGCUUUUCCAAAUAGAGGAGUUGAACCGAUGGUCGGUGAAUGUCCGUCCUUGCUGAAUCUACCCGGAAAUGAUGCUCGUAGAAGAGUCGAGGCAGCUUUGGAGGCCGUUGAGGAAGAGAGACAACGGGAGUACGGAAUGAACGUGAAAAAAGAGGAACAGAUACUUACGCCACCGAGCAGCAAUCCUGUCAGUCCAGCACCUUCGCCAGAUCCUCUCGAUCUCGCUAUACCUGUCAGGGAAACUUUGAUCUUACCACCAAGGAAACGUUGCAAGAUGAUUCUCGAAUCAAUGGAAAGCGAGAGAAGCGCAAGUCUUCUUGGCUCUCAAAGGCAAAGUUCCGUUAUUCAUUUUGCACGUGCCUCAUAGUCAGAUACGGUUAAUUCCUACGAAAAUAAAGGAAAACCGAUGGAACUCUAUUCGCAAAAAAUGAUGGCACCGUCCUCCGAAAAGACUCUAGUGAUAUUCCAUGUGAACUCUUUCGAGUGCGUAAUAUGAACGAACGAACAGAAAAAUUCAGUGUCUUCGAUAAUCAUAGUCAAUCCUUCGUCGGACACGUUGCCUUCUAAACGCGUACAGAGUACAAAAACAAAAGUACGAAUUAUAACAGUAUAGCACAAAUUGUGUGCGAAAGGGAUUCAAUCAAAUGUUUCGAGAUUGAUAAGAUUUUAAGUAGGCACACGUGCGUCCAUUUUGAUAACGAUUCAAAAUUAUCAAAAUUGCAAAAUUAUUAUCGACUAUAUGUAUGGACAUGUAUACAUACAUAUGAGAUAUACCUAUGUAUCUCUUAAUUUUUUUUCUUUAUGAUAUUUUUAUUUCCUUUUUCACUUAUUGCCACGUGCAUUCAAGUUUCCGUUUUAUCUAAGACCAUAAGAUGCAAUGACGUAUUUUUAUGGAUAGAACGAACAUCUAAAAAGUAAUUUUUGGAAAGUAUAUAUGUCAGUGAAUUUUAAGAAGAUGAAGAACUUUUCUAACGAUCGCUCGAACGAAUUAAUCUUACUUGUAGCGAAUUAUUAUAUAUAUAUAUAUAUAUAUAUAUAUAUAUAUAUAUAUAUAUAUAUAGAGAGAGAGAGGGAGAGAGAGAGAGAGAGAUACAUAUAUAAGCAAAACAAAUUUUGUUGAUCCUAAAAUAGACAGUGCAGCUUCUUCGAAGGAAGCUGCGUCACUACCUCGAGAAGUGUAUUGAUUCUUUUUGAGAAUAAUUUAUUCACCUCCUUUCCAAGGGGUGAGGGGUGUCAAGUUUUUUAAUAUUCGUAGGAGUAUGAACUUCGUAUAUUAAUCUUCUUUCUCUUUCCACAUUAACUAAUCUAAUAAUUUAAACUCAAACGGGCAUUCGUUUCUUGCCACGAUUUAUAAGACUGAUGUCAGUCUGUUACGAUUAAUAAUUUGUCGUUUCACGAUACAGGUAUGUGUUAUAUAUUAAUCACGUAUAUAUUAAUUAAACUACAACAGCCACAAAAUAUAAAGAAACACGAAUAACAUACAUUUAACGCACAAUAGGCUGCUCAAGUUUUGUAAUUUUUACAUCGAUACUUAUUUAAUGUAAUUUUAUCGUUCCUUAACAUUUCUUAAAGUUGUCCAUUAUAUAUAGGUAUAUAUAUUAUAAUAUAUAUAUAUACGUACAUAGAGACGAUAUACAUUAGAAUUAAAUCGCCUUGCAUUUUCUACGACAAACGCCUAUGUCGUAGACUCGAACGGUACUACUAUUACUAUCGAAGUUCUGCUAAAUUCCUGCCAACUGCAAUUUCUUAUUGCAAUAUUUUAAAUAUCCUUGACGCCAAGAAAAUACAGACUCUCGCACAAAAAUAAAAAAAAAAAAAAAUAGUAAAUUUAAAUUUUAACAAUAUUUUGAUACAUUAUAAAGGAGAAAGAUAUAAAAAUUAGAACAGAUAGAGAGACAAGCAUCACUCAUAAAAUGAUUUCACAAAAGAAUUAUCAGGUACAUACAAGAGAAUAUUUAAGAUUUCAGAAAUCAUAAUAAUACGACUAAGGCACCAAAUAAUAUUGUAUCACUGUGAUAAGAAUUUUGCACUACCUACGCUAUAUUAACAAGAAAAGAAAAGAAAAAAAAAACAAAAAGAAGAGAACUAAAAA